AUGAAGGGUACUAGUGGGUUGGAGAAUAUUGCAUUUACUUUGAACCCUCAAUCGAAAACUUCCCAUUUCAUUGAAAGUCAAUGUUCAGUGCUUACACAGAGGUCAAAUGUGGGUGUGCUUGAAACUGGCGCUGGUGUGGGUGGUUCAUGGGAUUUUUAUGUUGCAGAUGGCAGUGUUGGUUUAACAGUGGUUGUUGGUUCAAAUUUGGACAGGGAAGAAACUGAUUUUGAGGAUAAUGAUGAGGUUAUUGCAAAAUAUAUUAGAGAUUUUGAGUAUGAACAAGGUGAUGAUGCCCUGAAUGUUGAUGAAACUGCAGAGAAACAUUUGAAGGGAAUAGAAAAGAGGGUAGUAGACAUUGAUGAUGUGAAAGAUUUACCAAUUUUUGAGUCUGAUUCAGAUUACAUUCCAGGAGAUAGCUCUGAGAGUGAUGUUGAUGAUAGGACAGAGCAUGGUGAGGGCUCAAAGUUUCACAAGCCAAGAAAGUGGACUAAAAAAACAAAGUUACCACAAUUGACAGAGUUUAAAGCUGAUGUUGAUAUAGAGAAGCCAGUUUUCAAGUUGGGUUUGGUCUUUAGCUCAGGGGCUGUGUUUAAACAAGUUGUGAGGGAAUAUGCAAUAAUGAAUGGAAAAGAUAUUUGUUUUAAGAAAAAUGAUCCUCAUAGAGUAAGAGUUGUUUGUCGCGGUGUAAACUGCCCUUGGGUGUGUUUUGCCUCAAAGAUAGAUGACAGUCAAACAUUCGUCAUCAAGACUUAUAUCAACGAACAUAAGUGUUCGAGGAACAACACCAAUCGUUUUGCAACUUCAAAGUGGUUGUCAAAAAAGUAUUUAGAUGAAUUUAAGAGUAAUGAGAACUGGCGUCUUUCAGCAUUCAUUCAAAAAGUCAGCAAAGACCAUGUGCUAGAGGUUUCAAAACAUAAGGCAUACAAAGCCAAGCGACUAGCAACCAAAACCAUCGAAGGUACUUAUGAAGAACAUUACACUGCGCUUUAUGAUUAUGCUGAGGAGAUCAAGUAUACCAACAAGGGUUCAACUGUUGAAUUUCUGACAGAUUUGGCACCGAAUGGAAAACCGCGAUUUAAAAGGAUGUAUAUUUGUUAUGCAGGCUUAAAGAAUGGUUUCAAUGAAGGAUGUAGACCUGUGAUUAGUUUAGAUGGGUGCCAUAUCACGGGGCCACACCAAGGACAACUCUUAACAGCAAUUGGGAUAGAUGCAAAUAAUGGCAUGUACCCUAUUGCAUUUGCUGUGGUUGAGAUUGAAAAUAAGGAUUCAUGGUCGUGGUUUAUGAACUUAUUGAAGGAGGAUUGUAAGAUAUUGAAUUCAAAUCAUUGGACAUUCAUCACAGAUAAACAGAAGGGAUUGGAACAGGCUUUGAAGGGUAUGUGGAAGGAAGGUGUACCAGAAGCAGAACACAGACAUUGUGCAAGACAUUUAGAAAAGAAUUUUAGUAAAGUAUAUAAAGAAAAGACACUUAAAGAUCUUAUGUGGAAGGCUGCAAGACAAGUCACUAUAACUGGGUUCCAUGCAGUUAUGGAAGAGAUUAAGAAUGAGAAUGAGCAAGCAUAUGAAUGGUUAAUGGAAAAAGGGCCUAUACAUUGGAGUAGAUCCCAUUUUAGGACUCAUCCUCAAUGUGACAUACUAUUGAACAACUUAUGCGAAUCUUUCAAUGGAUUGAAGGCUAUCUUGGCUGCCAGAGACAGACCAAUCUUGUCAAUGCUUGAAAGAAUUAGGAUGUAUUUGAUGCAAAGACUUACCACCAAACGACAUUCAGUGGUUAUGUGGCAUUCCAACAUUGCACCUAAGAUUGUUGAAAUUUUAGAGAAGCAUAAAAUUGAAGCUGGGGCUCAUAUACCUACAAAAUCAUCUGAAUUCAUUUAUCAAAUCAUCAACAUGUACGGAGGCAUGUAUUUUGUGGACUUAAAGGCUAGAAGUUGUUCUUGUAGAAAGUGGGAUCUCACAGGUAUUCCAUGUGGGCAUGCUGUAGCUGCAAUAUGGCAUAAAAGGGAUGAUCCAGAUGAUUAUAUAAGCAAAUGGUACACAAAAGAGUACUAUAUGAAAGCUUAUUCACAUCAAAUAUUCCCAAUAAGAAAUCAAGAUCAGUGGCCUAUUAGUGGCAAAGCUGGCAUGGUCAAACCAAUAAGCAAGAUACAACCUGGCAGACCCAAAAAAUCAAGAAAAGUUGAUCUUGAUGAAAUGGUCCCACAUGGUGGAAGCAAAAUGAAAAGGCGGUAUGUGAAGAUUAGAUGUAGCGGUUGUGGUGUUGAAGGACACAACUUAAGAACUUGUGCUAGGAUUAAGAAACUAGUAAGUGAUUUAUCAUUUUCAAUUACUACUAAUUGCAUUGCAUUUUGA